UUAAUUAAACCUGGUGCUGAUUGUGGCACUUGCAGAUGUUGUCGUUCUCACAGACAUGCAUUUCUUUUACCACAUCACUUUAUUAAAAUGUGUACUAUCAAUCACUUACGUUAACAGCCAGCAAGUGUUAAAUGAAAGACUGCUUAUUUCCGAACUAAAGGCUGGAGAAAAAGUAAACAUACGUAGGGCGAACGUGGACAGAAGAUUUCUAGAGGAUUUAGAUGACUACGAGUGGCACAUCGCUCACCUCCGGGGAGCGAUCCUCGAUGGCAGGAGGGACUGUAGGGAGGAUACAUUUGAAGACAAGGUCAGGAGAUACAGGAGGAUGUUGAAAAAUGAUGGGGCCAGGGUCGACUUCGUGUCCAGUGAUCCUAUUCCCCUAAACAUUGCUGACAUCGGUGAAAACUCUUGUAAAGUAAAUGAUGAUAUUCUAAAUGAUACGGAAUCACCAAGUUAUCCUAACGUCACUAGUAAAAUUAAUGUCCUGCCCACAGUUUCUGUUCCAAAUGUUACUUCGGUUGAAAAUGUAACGACGGCCAUGAAAUUGGAGACUACCACUGAGAAACUGGAUUACCAGGCGACCACGCAGAAGUCAAAAGCUAAAGUUUUGAAGAAGAAAAAGAAGGUGGAAGAAGAUCAGAAGGCAGAGAAUGAUACAGUGGUGAGGCGAGCCAGCGAGUACAUGUUCAGCUCGAUAGAGUACUACGACGAGUCGGUGGAGUUCAACACGGACAUGUGUCCGGACGCUGUGGAGGUGAUCGAGCUGGAGAUAGACCAGCUCCGGAGCUACGACCUCGAGUGUGAGAUGACCCUGGAGUGGAGGAGUUUAGAAUAAUCGUAUUUUCGUUUUUGUUUCAAAGUUAAAUGAAUGAACUGUAAAAUUAAAAGUUUGUUUUUUAAUUUUUUGGAUUGGUUUCGCUGAACGCUUGAAGAUACUUGUUCAAUAUUAAUUUAUUUCCAUUUAGUGUAAUAUAAUAAAUAAAAGUUUCCCUUUA